AUGUGCAUCCGCGGUCCUUGCCGAGUCGACAGAGGCCAAGCACAGGAGGAUGCAGACAAAAUGGAGGAAGCUGCCAAGGAUGGCAUCAAGGCAGUGCGGGAGAUGGCGGCAAAGAUGAAGAGGACCGUGCCUGUAUCUUUGUCACCGGGCAUGUUAGAUCGGAAUGUCUCGCAUCUCGACAACACCGGCUUGAGCCAUAAGAGGAAACGUUCAUGUCUGGGAACAAGGACGACGGAGACUUCUGUGUCAUCCCGGAGAGCUGGCGAACGCUGA